AGUGCAGUUUAGCCGCUCGUAUAAGAGCAGCCUGAACAUCAGUAACUCCAUUAAAGUAGAUCAACGUUGCACAGUGUCACCAUGAACGUGGUAGUGAUACCGUUCUUUUUAGCCGCGCAUCUCACUGCGGACGAGCAAUGGGAACACGGGCCGGAGUACGCGUUCCAGGUCCAGGUGAACUGCACGGCGAUCCCAGAGGAGGGCAUCUAUGGUAGCGUGCGGUUGAACCUGGUGUCGAAGCUGAUCUGUCAGCCGAAGGGUGGCCACACGCUGAGCUGCCACUUCGAGGACUCCAAGGCGAACAGCUUCGUAGUCGACAGCCUGGACCCGUCGGAAUCGGUGGUGCCGGUCGGCCCGAUAAACCGGCAGCCGGCCUACGAAAUCAAUGAGGAUCAGUUUGAGAUCAAGUUCAACAAGCGCGGGCUGGAUGGCUUGGUGGUGAACGAGAACAUUCAGCCGCGCGAGCUCGAUAUGAUUCGCAUGAUCGUCGGCCAGUUGAGCAUAGGUGCCAUCAUCGACGGCACCGGGAACGACAUUUCCUUCGACAGGAUGGAGAACUUCACCCAGGGCGAGUGUUACACUACCUUUAAGGUCGACAAGAAGCUCGUGGCACGUCCGUUGUACACGAGGCCGAGUUACGCGCUCAGGCCGGUCUUCGGCCUAAAGGACGGCAAGUUAGUGCAAAUACGGAAGAUCAGGAACCUGCAUAUGUGUGCGCAUAAGGUGCCGUAUUUCUUCGGCAGUGCCGAGAGCUUCAGGGAAGAGAGCGACAUUAUAUCUGACAUUAGCUUGUCGGAUGGCCAUAUUAUAAUAACGUCGACAGAAUUCGUAUCGGGUACAUCGAACGUGAUUACGACGAGCAAAAUAACUGAGGCUGGGGUGACAACGACCCUUUACGAGAACGUACGGCUCAGGCUCGAGUCGAUUCAAGCUGCGAGGAGCGAACCGCCAGCGGUGAAAGAAGCCGAGCCCGCCAGUAUCUUCAUAGGCAGAUGGCUAAUUGACGACUCGUCCGAGGAAGAUAAUUAAAUGGGGGGGUUUUUUUUAUCGGUGCUAGAUGGUGUACAAACAGACAAACGCUUGAAAGGCGAAAUGAACAAAUUCACUUGUCGCAAAGUGACUUAUUCUGAUUUAUUUUCCCCUUUACUAUGUUAACUCAGAUGGCUACGAAUUGUGCAACAUUGCAUUUUCACAUUGAACAUGUCGAAUAUGUUGCGAGUAUUACGCUGCGUGUGGAUGACAUCUAAGAUAAUUAUAUAUUAAAUUACACCGUACGAUGUUGAUAUUAACAUUGAUAAUGAUUAAUAAGAAGAGAUCACGACAGAAACGUUAAAUUUUGAUGCGUGAGAGUGAACUUGUUACUUGUAUGAUACUGUAAGAACGACAACGGAAAUAAAAGUGUAUAUUAAACUUA